AAACUAUGGGGUAUUUUGAGCUGAAACUUCACAGACACAUUCAGGAGACACCUUAGACUUAUAUUACAUCUUUUAAAAACAUGUUCUAGGGGACCUUUAAGUACAUCUGAUACUAUUGUAAACCACUAAGAAACCUUUUGUUAGAUAUUUUUUUUAAGGGUCAAACCUUAUUUUCACCUGACUAUUCUGUGCUUUCACUCAUACGUGUGUAAUGCAGGUCCUUCCAAUCCCCAGCUGAGCCCUUCAUCGUCUGAGCCACUGUCAGCUGCCUCUUCCAGCACAUGCCCCAUAUCAUCUAUCAGUCCCAUCUCUGCAUGGGUGAACAGUUUUGAGGUGCCAUGGAACAAAGUGAGGCUGACUCUUAGAAGAGCAGUAGAUGCUGGUGAGAGGCCAGCUCCGGAUGACCGCAGACACUUGAUAAAAGUCACUGUUGAUGCGAUGAGAGAGCAUUCCUUGAACCCUACUCGCAGAGAGUGUGUGGUAGUAGCUAAAGCUAUAACUCAAAAAUAUCCAAAUAGCUUUUUAGACAAAAAUGAAGAGGGGGAGCUAAUUGGAUGUGGGUAUUUCAGCGUUAUAAAUCAGCUCAAAACCAGAGUAGAAUAUUUGAAUCGAGGCAACUCUCUUUCCCGUCUGAGGAAGCACAAACGCACCCAGAGAGAUGAUGAGGAUGGUGAUGAUGACCAGCCAGCAGUAGCUACAUGUGCAAGAAUCGACAGUUAUGGGUGUGUUCGUUGGCAGCCAGAGGACUAUCCAGAUGGGGAAACAUCAGCAUCAUUAGUGGAAAAGAAGCUUGAGAUGAUGGAUAUAUUCAGCCGAGAGGGACUAAAGGGCACUGAGAGAGGAAGGGUAGAAGACCUAAUGGCAAUCACUUAUGCCAAACAGCGGGAAUACAUCAAUGCAAAGCCUUCCCCAAGCAUUCUGGAUGUGGGUAAAGAGUGGCCAUUUCUCUUUUCACAAAAGUUUUUAUUGUCACACUUCACCACUCUCACCAAUGUUGAACUAUACACAAGACUGAAUGAAGAUCUGGACAAAAAGGGUAAAAGACUCCUGGAUUUCUUCAGUAGUCAGAUUACAAAGUGGAGGAAAGAAGUAAGAGCUGUUCUGAAGGAAGCCAUAAAGAAGGACCGAGAAGGAUCUGAUGGCCUAGCAGCGAUGCUUGUGAUGUUGGCACACUUCAAAGAGCAAGAGGAGUCACUUUUUCUCAUUGCUGAUGAGACUACCACUCUUGCAGACGCAGAGGCCCAGCUGUCUCUCCCAAUCACUCCAAGGAUCAUCAUGCUUGGAGAGACAAUCCUGACUGCAAAAAAAUGGAUGCUGUCGAUCGAGGGGAGGGUCGUAAUCCCACCUGGUGCUCACAUGGCGGACUUCACCACUGCCUUGGCCGCUCUCUUCGCCUGUUACUAUGUAUUCAACCUAGAGUAUCAGGUGGAAGCCAGCACAACACUGGAGUUUGUUCAGAGGUUUUUAGUUAGGAUUAAUCCUGACUCCAACAAGUGCACUGCCAAGGAGCAGAUGAGCAAGACGACUGGGAGAGUGGUGAAGCGGAAGACUUCAUACAUGAACCCCCAUGUAAUCUCCUUCAUCAGGGACUUCACGGAGUUCUAUUUGCUAGCUGACUAGAUACAGGGCUCCAACUAGGAUUCUAGGUCUCCAAGGUCAGGGCAUGCAAGAGGCCAUAGACCUUUGUCAAGUGACAGGGGAAGUUUAUUUUCCUUUCUGUUUUAAAUGUUCAUGCAAAUGUUAAAUAUUUUAUUUUUUUAUGUUCAAUGGUUUAUUUUAUUUCAGUAUUGCCAUGGUGUUACUUAUUACUCUUUAGAAUGUGGUAAUAAUCAGUUAUUUGCACAGCUUCAAAGUAGUUACAUUUUUUGACCGUGUUGUAUCAAUUUGCAUUAUUGUUCUGCCAUAGCAACCAGUCAUGCGGAACUAGUGAAUGAACUAGUAACAGUUUGCUCUGUAACAUUAUAAAACUUGUAAUGAAAUAGCCUCGUUUUGUAAAAUUUUCUUCAGUCUGUAAUUAAAUUUAGCAACAGUAGAAUACGCGGAUAAUAGAUUUCACGCCAUUAAAAAUUACAAACACAGAA